AGCUGUUUCUCCCCUCUAAGGAUUCAGAUGCAGGCAAAGUACAAUAGUACAUUGGAUAUGCUAGAUGAUGAUGGGGAGACCACCCUAAGCCUGCGCUCCCAAGCCCUAACCAUUGCUCCGAGGCCAGAGAGCAAGAACUCAGGAUAUCCAACUACUUCUCCAACUUGGCGCCCAGUUGCUCUAAUUCUAUUGACUUUGUGCCUGCUGUUGUUUAUUGGCCUGGGAGUAUUAGGGCUUGAAUUUUUUCAGAUCAUCCAACUCUCAAACACCCAGAAGGAUAUUCUCACCCAAAAAGAAGAAGAGCUGGGAAACUUUUCUAGACAGCUACAUUCUCUCCAGACCCAGAACAGGAAGCUCACAGAGACUCUGCAGCACCUGGCUAAAAAGCUCUGUCGGGAGCUCUAUAACAAAACCGGAGAGCACAGAUGCAGUCCUUGUCCAAAGAAAUGGAAAUGGCAUAAGGAUAAUUGCUACUGCUUCUUUAAGGAGAGCAAUACUUGGCAGGGCUGUGAACAUUUCUGCACUGCUGAGAACUCUACCCUUCUGAAGAUAGAGACACAAGAUGUUCUGGAAUUUGUGAUGCCUUAUAGCUAUUCUCAGUUUUUCUACUCCUAUUGGACAGGGCUCUCCCGCAAUGGCAGUGGCAAUCCCUGGCUUUGGAUGGAUGGAUCUCUUCAUUCCUCUAACUUGUUUGAUAUUGUAGUUGACUUCAGCAGCUUAAGGAGCUGGGACUGUGUGACAAUAUUGAAUGGCAGAGCUUUCUCAAAGGACUGUAUGGAGUUGAGGCGCUGUGCGUGUCAGAGAAUGGCAGCAAAGGUGAUGCUGGAAUGGCUGGAAUAGUCUUUUUAAACAAUGGAUGGAAAUAAAUACACUUGCAAAUGUCUCUGCCAACCAAAAAGGAUGGGAGCCAAACAAAAGGAAGGACAGUUACUCUCUGAAUCACUGGGAUUAUUAUCAAUAGGAGAGCAAA